CAUAGGAAGAAGUUUUAGCAAAGUUGGAAUUGGAUUAUGAAAUUCAAAGCAAAAUUACAAGUGCUGCUUUUAAAUUAGCUAAUGAUUUAAAUACUAGGAAAAGUGUUCGAAAACAAAGAAAACUUGGAUACCAAAAGGCCCAAGCCAAGUUAAAAGAUAUUGAACAGAAAUUAAUAAUAGCCAAAAAGCAAAAAGAACUUUUAAGAAAAUGCCCUAAUUUGCCUUCUGAUGAAGAUGAUUGUGGAGAAAAUAUCAGUCAUUCCACAGAUGAAUGUGAUAAUUUAUUCAAAUGUCCAACUACAAAUUUGGAUAGCUCUACCAAAGUUUUUUCAAAACAUUCAACAAAAUUGGAAGAAGCAAAUAACCACAUUAAUCAGCUGUUAUUAAAUUCUAAGUCACCAUCACCAGCAUUCACAAGUUCAUCGUCAUCAUCUCUCCAUCUUCAACAAAAUUCAUCUUCUGCACCUCCUAGUCCAACAAAACAUCGUCAUAGUUUUUUACAGGAAUCAAAUCCAUAUAAUACUAUUUCACAUUCAGCAACUUUGAGGCCAAGAAAGAAUCUAUCCAGAGGUGUAUGUUUAAAUAGUGAUAUUAGAGAAGCUUCAGUUAUGACUCGUACACAUUCUGUUUAUUCUACAAGCUCUGAAUAUGAUAAUGUAAGUUGUAGUAGUGGCAGUAUGCUAUCCCUUCGAAUGCCAUAUCAAAACAGAUUUGAAGCAUCUGUAAAUAUUGAAGGAUCAAAUACAUACAAUGUGCCUAAUAGGAGAACAAGUCAAGUAUUUGAAAGUCAAGAUGAUUUGUUAGGGCCAUUGGCAGAAAGAAUUGAAAAUCAAGCAAUUUUACAUAACAAUAAUUUAAUGAGGAAACAAACAUAUUUUCCAGAUCAAUAUUCAAGCAAGGAAUCUGUAUUUUAUCAGAAUCAGUAUAGUGCUCCAUUGCAUAAAGAUCAUGAGCAACCACUUUCUAGUCCUAAACCAUCAUUUUGUUUGAGUCAGUAUCUUUCUGGACAUAUAGAUUCAAGGAGUCUUGAAAAUUUAGACAAUGCAGAGAGAAAUCAUACUUUGCUUAAGAACUGUCAUUCUUCACAGAAUCUUUUAGUUAAUAAUUUUAGGGAAAAUGUGAAAGUUGGUUCGGUUCCAAUUCAUAGUGAAAUUCAAUAUGUACAGUCCAUACAAUCUCAUAUUAGUGAACCUGAAUUAAAUUGUUUAAUGAAUUGGCAGGAAAGUAGAACAGAGAAUGAUUUGCCUCUUAGUUUGAAGGAUAGAAAAAAUAAAAAUGGACCUGCAUUUUUUAGUAGCAAUUUAGGAUUACAAUAUUGUAAUAUCAGAGAUACAGAUAAAGUGCCUUCAAUGAAACAACACUUUAGCUCUCAAUGUGAUAUCUACUCAUCAAGUGCACUUAUACAAAACCCAGUGUCUAAAACAAAAAUAAAAGAAUGGACUGAAACUAAUUUAGAUAGUCCACUUCCACUUUCUCCAAACAAACUAAAAGACACUUCAAAAGAAAAUCAUAGCAUAUUAUCAAAUAUCAGUUUCACUAUUGACUCUGAUGUCAGUUUAUCUCAGAAAAGUUCUGAACAAGUAUCUAUAUCUUCUCCAAAUACAGCACAUGAAAUAUUAGAUCCUGGUCCAGUUAUGCAGACAACUUCAGAAGAAAUAAAUGUACCUUUAUCUCCAAGUGUUGCCUCACAUUCAUUUCAAUCCGGAGUUGAAGUGAAUAUAGUGAGUGUUGGACAUUUUCAACCUUAUUGGGAAGAAACAAAGCCAUAUGAAAUGGCAGAUUUUUAUAAAUAUAGUACAAAACACAGAAAAAAACAAUUGGAUAUUAAUACACAAAAUAUUCAAGAACAAGAUGAAUUACAAUUCAAACUACAAAAUUGGGAUGAUAAUAUUCACUCACCCCAAUCACCUGAAUUAAUAAAUAUUCCAACAGCAAAUAAAGAAGUAUUUCAAGAACCCACAAAUUGGUCUCCAAAUUUUUGCCAAUUCAGAAAUAUACAGUCUCAGGGAACUAAAAGUGGGGACAGUAGUCAUCUUCAGCAGAAUUCAUCAGUUGCAGAUGCUUUUCGAGACGAAAUGAUCUCUUGGUAUUCAGAUCAAGAGAAUGUUAAAAAAGCAACUUUAGUAUAAGUAUUCAAAUUAACAAAGAAAAUUAAAAGUUUAUUAGACAUAUUGCUGAAGAUAGCCUUAUUACAACUUAUGUAUAGCACAAAAAUAUCUCAAGAUGUUUCAUGUUUUGCAUUAUGUACAAAUGUAUUUAUUAAGUUCAAAAUAAUGUGUAUAAUACUGUUUAUAUUAUAUAUGUUUCAUAUAUAUACUUGUUAUUUUGAUAAAAGUACAUAAAAAUGAUCAUUUUGUAUGAAAAAAUUAUUU